AUGUCUCAAUCAAAAGCACGACCUGCUCCCGUGAAGCGCUCCUCGAGCCUCCGGCGAGCGUACAAUCACCUCUUCCGCUCCGACUCGGCGACUUCGAGAGCCAGCCCCCCACCACGACCUGAGCGGCUAAAGAGGACCCCCACCGUAGCCGCUGUUCCCGAAUCAAACCAGGCCCCAGAAACUCAAGAGGAUGCACUGCAGCGAGAGUUGCAACAAUGUCGUCAAGAGCUCGAGGAAGCGAAGGAGAUGGUCAUGGCGCAGGACCAAGAGUUGUCAACUCUGGAGAGAAACGCCCAGAGAAUGGAGAGACGCUACAAAGAGAAGGAGGCGGCUUUGACCCGGCAGAAGGCUUCUCUGGAAGAAACCAUGGUAGCAGUGGUGGUGCAGCAGAUCAGAGAGGCCCAAAAGGCCGAACGGCAUGCGGUGAAAGAUGAAUGCAAUCGGGAACAUCAAGCGACGCUGGACAGCCUGCAUCACAAGUACAAAUCGAGGACGGCAAUUCUUACCCAGGAACUGGCAGAUGCUCGCGCCGGCACCGAACGACUCAAGGCCGAUUAUGAAAAUCAAAUCACCUCACUAAAUACCGAGAUUGCCUCUUAUACCAAUGAUCUCGAAACCGCGAAGGCAGCCAUUGUUGAAACCACCGACUCACUGAGGAACAUUCAGCAAGCAUCAACCACCGCCCUGGAGGAAUCGGAAAAGGCGAAUACAACGCUGAGAUCGGAGCUAGAAGAUCAGAUCGCCGCUUUGACAGAGGAGCUCCAUGCCUCCCGGUUCGAGCUACAGAACGCCGGCGUGAGCCUCGAAGACCAUACCAGGCGAUACGUCGAUCUGCAAAACACAUCCUCAAAGGCGCUAGAAGAUGCAGAAACCUCGCUGGCCUCGAUACGCACAACAUUAGAGUCUCAACUUGAAGCACAAGCCAACGACCUUUCCACUGCCAGAGAUGCAUUGGAGACAUCGACCAAGGACAGGGAAGCAGACAGAUCAGCACAGCAGCUUGUUCAGGACGAGUUGGCAGCUGCACGUGAUGAACUUGCGCAACUCGCCUCCGAACUUCAGAGUCAUGGUGAGACGAAGGAAGCAUUAACCGCGGCGGAAGCGCGAAACACGGAGCUCACAAACGAGUUGCAAGAUCAUUCAACCACGAAGGCUGCUCUAGAAGCCUCGGAAGAGAGGGUCGCCCAGCUCUUAGUAGACCUGGCGACCUUUGAUGUUUGCAAGCAAGAGCUCGACAGAGCACAGACAGAGAUCACUCGUUUGUCAAACGAACUCGAAGGCUUUGCUGGUAUGAAAGAAGCUCAAGAGGUGGCGGAGGCACGGAUAGCCGAGCUCACCACCCAGCUUGCUGGGCAUGAGCAGCUGAAAGCUGACCAUGAGACUACGAAGCGGGACCUUGACGAAUCCCAAACCAAGAUUACAGACCUCACCACAGAACUCGGGGGCUACGCCGAUUUGAAGGAGGCGCAACACAAUGUGGAGGCGCAGAUGACACAGCUCUCGGCCAACAAGGAACAGCUCACAUCAGACCUUGAGGCCACCAAGCGUGAAUUGGAGGAAUCCCAAGCCAAGGUCACAGAAUUGACGACAGAGCUCGAAGGCCACGAGUCGACCCGGGAAGAGCUAGCAGCGGCACAGGAUAAGAUUGCUGGGUUGUCUUCCGAACUGGAAGAACAUGCUCAGCUCAAAGAAAAUCAUGAAGCAAUGAAACACGAACUUGAAGCUUCUCACGACAAGGUCUCGGAAUUGACAACGGAGUUGGAGAGCUAUCAAUCUAUUCACGAACAAUUGGCGACAGCGCAGGAGAAGAUUGCUCAGUUGUCCGCCGAGCUCGAAGAACAUGCUCAGCUUAAAGAAGACAACGGCGCACUGAAACAGGAGCUCGAAGAAUCUCGCGCCAAGGUCGCUGAUCUAACAACUCAACUUGAGGAUGGCGACACCGUUAAGGGGAACCUCGAAGCGGCUGAGUCGAGACUUGCUGAACUCUCCGCUCAAAUGGAAAGCCACACUCAGCUCGAAACCGAUCAUGAGGCUAUCAAGACGGAACUCGACACAGCCCACGCCAAAUUUGCAGACCUCGCAACGGAGCUCGAAGAACACAAGGGGCUCAAGGUGCAACUCGAGGCAGCCGAGUCAAAGAUUGCCCAGUUCUCCGCUGAGUUCGAAGAAUACACCCAGUUGAAAGAAGACCACGAAAGGGAGAAGGAACGUUCUGCAAGCCUCGCACAAGAUAUUGAUCGUCAUCUGGCUGCUAUGGCUGCGGCAGAGGAAAAGCAGCACGAAGCAGAGGCUCGAGCUGUUGAGGCAGCAGCAAAGCACAAAUCCGCCGUCGAUGAGAUUGAUGGUCAUCUAGUGACCAUUGCGGCAGCAGAAGAGAAGCACAAGGACGCUGAGGCUCGUGCUGUCGAGGCGGAAGAAAAGCACAAGUCCGCUCUAGGCGAGAUCGAAGCUCACUUCGAUGCUCUUACCGCGGCUGAGGAGAAGCAAAAGGAAGCCGAAGCACGAGCUGUCGACCUCGAAGACAAGCACAAGUCUAUCCUCGCCGAGCUGAACGAUUUGAAAGAGAAUCUGACCGCAGGCGAGUUGGGCCAUGCGGCGGCAAAGGAGCAAAUGGACCAGCUUACAAGGGAACUCGAAGCUGCUUCGGCUUCUCGCGAAAGUGCACAAGCUGCGCUUAAUGAGGCGCAAGAGAAGCUACGCCCUCUGGAAGAAAAGAUUGAAAGUCUCGAAUCGGAGUUGACAUCCAUAUCAGAUUCACAGCAGGGUGAUCAAGAACAGGCCCAAGCACAACAAGCGAAACACACCGAAGAGCUCGCAGCGGUUGAAGCAGAGAGAGAUGGCUUGGCAGAAGAUAUAUCGGCUCUGCGGGCAGAGCAUGACAAGUUGGCUACGGAGAUGCAAUCCAUGGAGGAGUCCAAGACCGCCGUUGAGAAGAAGCUUGCUGAUUUUGAGGCGGAGCGAUCCAAGUUCACCUCAGAGCUUACCGAGUUAAAAGCGACUAUAUCAGACCGUGACAGCGAGAUACAAGUUGCCGAGAUAGCCCAAGACGAUGCACGGAAACAAGUCGAAGAGGCAGAGAGCGCUCGGCAUACAUUGGAGGAGAAAAUGGCAGCUGUCGAGGCCCAGCUCAAGUCAGCUGAGGAUUCACGUGAAGAACUAGCAGAGAAGUGCAAGCAGCUUGAGGAGAAUCAGACCAACCACCAGGCCAUGGAGGAGCAACUCGUUAGCCUUCAGGAACAACUGAAAUCAGCCCAGAGCUCGAAUGAGGAGCUGAUCCGGAAGCUUGCUGAAACUCAGACCAGCCCGCAAGCCUCAGGGGAUGAACUUACUGCACUUCAAGAGCACUUGAAGACAUCUCAGACCUCGAACGAGGAGCUCACCAGGCAGCUUGAGGAAAUUCAAGCCAGCCAGCAGACCUCAGAAGAAAAAAUUGCUUCGCUCGAGGAGCAAUUGAAGUCCGCCCAGAGCUCGAACGAGGAGCUUGCCCAAAAGCUUGAGAAUGCGGAAGGUGCGGACACGGCAGCCGCCAGCGAGAAAGCAACUCUUCAAGAGCAACAUGACGCGGCUAUGGAUGAGCUCAACAAGGAGCUAGUCUCAACCAAGGAGGCACUGCAGAAGGCAAAAGAAGAAGCAGAUGCAACAAUCGCAGACCUCGAAUCCAAAUUCAUUGCCUCUGACGCCUUUCACAGGGACGUCCAAGAGUUGCUGGAAAAGACUCGUACUGACGCCGAACAGUCAAGAACAGAAAUGGAGGGCAAACUCGCCGAGGCCCAAGAGCUCCACAAAGCCGCCCAAGAAGCGAUCAGAAAAGCCAAGGCCGACGCCGAUGCCAUGUCAGGUGAUUUUGAUCAGAAACUCGCCGAAGCAUUGACAAAUCAGAAAGCUGCCGAAGAAGCUCUGGCAACGGCGCGAGAGGGGGUUGAAGCAUCCAGCGCACUCGAGGAGAAGCUUGCCGCAGCCUUAACCGCCCAGAAAUCUGCCGAAGAGGCGUUGGACAAUGCUCAGACUGGAGCUAAAGCCGCUGAGGAAGCCAAAGCGAGUCUGGAGGCGCAGUUGCAGAGCGCCAAAAGCACGGAGUCCGACGCUGAGAAGAGGCUUGCGGAUGCCGAGGCCGCCAAAGCUUAUUUGGAGGAUAAGAUUCAAGCGGCCGAAGUCGAAAAGGCGAAUGCUGAACAAGAAGUCCACCAUAUUCGGGAGAAAUUCAUGCAACUUCAAGCCGACCUGGAGUCGGCCAACCUAGAAAAGCUUGCCAUUGUCGAGAAGUCGUCCAAAGAGCUUGGGUCGACACAAGCAGAGCUCGAAGCGGCCAUUGCGGCCAGGUCAGAAGCCCAAGACCACGUCAGGGAGCUGGAAGCAAAGCUGGAGGCAUUGAAGAACAACGAUGAAGACUCGAGCCGACACCUGAAAGAACUUGAAAUGGAGCUCGAGUCACUCAGAGCCAAAGCACUCGAUGUUAACAAGAUCUCGGAGGACUUGGAGGCCAAAGAUCACGCCAUUCGCGAGUUGACCACGAGCAAGGACGAGGCUGAAACGCAACUGGAGGACGCAGAGAAUAAACUGGCGUCACUGCAGCAUGAAAUGGAUUCUCUGAAGGCGUCGACGAGAUCAUCAAAUGAAGAGGCCGAGAAAUACCUCGAGAAAAGAGAGCAGGAGUUCAAACAGCAGGAGGAGCAAACUAGCCAAGAGCUCAGUUCGCUGCAAGAACAAUUGGAAGCUAAGCAAGAAGACAUUGCAGAGCUCCAGGCAUGGAAGGCCAUGAUGGAACAAGAGUUGGACGUUAUGAAUCCCUCGACACCACAGUCACCUAACGUGGGUGAUAUCGAGGAUAAGACGUCCACGGUCGCCACCGUGAAUGGCGGAAGAGGGAAGAAGAAGAACAAAAAGAAGGCGAAAGCAGCGGCAGACUUCGAGGACGCCAUGCAGGAGGGAGCUGCGUAG